CGUCAACCCCGAUCGACGUACUUGAUCGAUAUCGCCACGCCCCCGGUCUCCGACGCGAUCACCUACUACGUACUUGGAUAUAUCAUAUGGACGCGCCGGCGGCGGCGACGGGUGGCGCGGAGAUCUACCGGCUGCCGGAGGAGUGCGUGGCGUCCGCCAUCUCGCUGACGACGCCCGGCGACGCGUGCCACUCGUCCGCGGUGUCGCCGGCGUUCCGGGCCGCCGCGGACUCCGACGCCGUCUGGGACCGGUUCCUGCCGCCCGACAACGCCGCCGUGCUGGCGCGCGCCGACGAGCCAGCCGAGUGUGAGUCCAAGAAGGAGCUCUUCUCGCGGCUCUGCGACAGCCCCGUCCUCCUCGACGGCGCCACCAUGAGCUUUGGGCUGGAGAGACGGAGCGGGGCGAAAUGCUUCAUGAUGUCGGCGAGGGCGCUGAGCAUUGUGUGGGGAGAUGACCCGACGUGCUGGGUAUGGAGCGCUAGCCUUCCGGGAUCCAGGUUUCCGGAGGUCGCCGAGCUCGUCGACGUGUGCUGGCUGGAGAUCAGCGGGAAGCUGAGCCUCUCGCUGCUCUCCCCGGGGACAACCUACGCGGCCUACCUCGUCUUCGCCAUCGCCGACGACUCCUACGGCCUUGAGUGCCACGUCGCCAUGCUGCCACCCAAGGCCACAGUCACGGUCGUCUCCGGGAGCAGCAGCAAGAAGCCGACGACCUCUACCGAGCACGCCAUCUGCCUGCAGCACAUGCAGGGCGAGGAGGAGGCCGCCAUGCACCGGCGGAAGCAGCAGUACAUGCGCCUCCGCAAGGGCUACGGCCGCAAGAUGGUGACGAGGGAGGCCGACCCGGACAUCAGGUGCCCGCGGCGGAGGGGCGACGGGUGGGCGGAGGUCGAGCUGGGCGAGUUCGCCGUGGCCGGCGACGGCGAGGACGAUGGGGUGGUGGAGGUGAGGCUGGAGGAGGUGGAUAGCCGGCGGUGGAAGAGGGGACUCAUCGUGCAAGGCAUUGAGAUAAGGCCAAUUCCCGACUCUGACGCCGUCUGGUCCCGCUUCCAGCCCCGCGAUCUCCCGCCGCUCGCCGAUGGGGAGCUCUCCGGCCCCGCGCCGCCGUCCGAGAAAGGCCAAUUCCUCCGCCUCUGCAAUCGUCGCGUUCUGCUCGCCGAUGACCUCAUGAGCAUGUGGUUGGACAGGGAGACCGGCGCCAAGUGCUACAUGAUCUCGGCGAGGGCGCUGCACAUCUCCUGUGGAGGCACGCCGGAGUACUGGCGUUGGACCCGUCUCCCCGAAUCCAGGUUGAGGUUCACCGAAAUUGCUAACCUUCGGAAUGUUUGGUGGCUCGAAAUACGGGGCAGGAUACACAGCAAAAUGCUCUCUCAAGACUCUACUUAUGCAGCUUACAUUGUGUUCAAAACUUAUCGCGAUGGUGGGUUGGAUUAUCCACCCCAGGAGGCAUCAAUCACCUCUAGUGCAGGAAGCAAAUCAACUCGCAAAGUCUGUCUCCAAAGGCGUGGUAACGAGCAAGAGGAUGGUAGAGCCUCGGAGCCCCGAUACGAUAGGAGCCACCGGCAUGCAUCGUUCCCUAACAAAAGGACCGACGAUGCGUGGAUGGAGCUGGAGAUGGGCCAGUUCUACAACAAGGAUGGUGACGAUGGUGAGGUGGGCAUCUGCCUCAUGGAGACAGAAAAAGGCCAUGUGAAGACAGGUCUUAUUGUGCUGGGCAUUGAGAUUAGACCUAAGAGAGGUCUUGAUCAGCACGCUUGUUCUAAAAUAGGAGGCUAAUGAACCAGUUGAUCAGCCUACAAAUUACAGGGAACUUCACUUGGGUGCAAAGUGCUGUGACAUUAUCCCUGGAUUUUUAUAAGGGAACUUUUGAUAAUAAGAGAAGUUAUUUCGAAUA